AUGACGCGCAUCGAUCGGGAAGGGGUCUGUAGUCUGUGAGAGCGAACACCGUGCUUUAGAUUAACCAGAUUUAGUAAAACAGUAGUUGGAUCCACCCGCCUCGUCUUUGAUCUUUCAGAAAAGAUGUCCUCCCAAGUCAGGCUGAGGCUGCUGCCGAGCACCAGGUGUCUGUUUGAUGAAUCCGUUCAGCUGAAAGUGGCCGGGCUGCGGUCAAGGCAGGUGGUCACUAUCAGAGCCACAUCGACCGACGAGAGAGAAGUGGUGUUCGGCUCUUCAGCCACUUACAGGGCAGAUGAUGGCGGCGAGGUCGACCUGAACAGAGACCCCUCACUCAACGGGAGCUACGUUGGAGUGCAGCCCAUGGGUCUGCUGCAGUCACUGAAGGCAGACACUUUGCACAAGUACUUCUUCAAGAACAAAGCUCUGAACCCUCACGUGGUGAAGUUUUCUGUGCAUGAGCAGGAGGGGGACGGCAGGAUGCUGGCAGAAGAGACAAACGAGAGGUUUUUGAUGGGAGACGGGGUCAGUCGGGACCCAAUCAAAGAGGGGAGCAUACGAGGAGUCUUGUUUACACCCCCAGGAGAAGGUCCGUUUCCUGCUGUAUUGGAUCUGGGCACCUUCAUGUCUGAGAAAAGAGCCUGUUUGCUGGCCAACAAAGGGUUUCUGGUCCUCACGAUAGCUGUGUUCAAUGACAGACAAAAUAUGAAAGAGAUACAUCUGGACCCCUUUAAAGAAGCUGUGGAUUUCUUACGCCACCACCCCAAGGCGGGCAGUAAAGGAGUCGGCAUAAUAUCAAGAUCAAAGGGAACGGAUAUCGCACUCUCUCUUGCUGCGUUCGUGCCCGGUGUCCAGGCCUUAGUUUGGAUCAAUGGCACCAGUGCCAGUGUGGGCACUCCCCUCUACUACAAGAAACAGCAGAUCCUGUCACCCUUAAUGUUUGACUUCAGCAAGGUGAUUACCACUAAGUCUGGAGCAAACCUUAUCAAGUAUGCUAUUGAAGAUCCCCUGGAAGAGAAGAACAAAGGAAGCCUCGUCCCCAUUGAACGAGCCAAGAGCCAGUUCCUCUUUGUGGCUGCAGAGGACGACCUCAACUGGGACAGCAAGGCCUACAUGGACGAGAUGGUGGAGAGACUGAAGCGUCAUGGGAAGGAGAACUUUGAGACUGUUUUUUAUCCUGGAGCUGGACAUUUGCUGGAGCCACCCUAUGGACCCUUCUGCUCCUCUGCUUUACAUGGGAUGCUUAGCUUCUCAGUGGUGUGGGGAGGGGAGCCCAGGGCCCACGCAGCAGCAGAGAUCCACCUGUGGAAGAAGAUCCAGGAGUUCUUCAGAACUCACCUGAGUUGUGAUGCUGCACAGACUAAAGCCAAUUUAUAAACAGGAUUAGAAAGGAAAGAAAACAAAACAACAACAACUAUUGAAUAUAUUAUUUUAUUUGCUUGUGAAUAUUUUCCGUUCCUGUCUUUGAAUGCAUUUCAUGUUUGAUUUUAAUAUCAGAAUACUUUAAUAAUCCCUAAGGAAAUUAUGGUAAAUGGCCUGUAUUUAUAUAGCGCUUUACUAGUCCCUAAGGACCCCAAAGCGCUUUACAUAUCCAGUCAUCCACCCAUUCACACACACAUUCACACACUGGUGAUGGCAAGCUACAUUGUAGCCACAGCCACCCUGGGGCGCACUGACAGAGGCGAGGCUGCCGGACACUGGCGCCACCGGUCCCUCUGACCACCACCAGUAGGCAACGGGUGAAGUGUCUUGCCCAAGGACACAACGACCGAGACUAUCCAAGCCAGGGCUCGAACCGGCAACCUUCCGAUUACAAGGCGAACUCUUAACUCUUGAGCCACGUGGGUUAAAGUUACUCCAGGACAACAGUAACUUCUUCCUCACCUCAUCCAGCUCUUUUGACUGCUGCUGAGCUCCAAAGCUUUUUACCUGUUUGGAAUUUGUGUUGACUGAAUACAUAAAUACAUAAAUCAAGUUUAAUACAACGGCAGCUAUCUUUAAAAGAAAGAAUGGAAAUAAAUGAAAUUUUUGUUCAUCCUGUGAGUGACCAUCCUACAGCUAUCUGGGUAAGGUCACUACCAGAAAACAGCAAGGAAGGAGACCAAAGAUGCCACCUAGGAGAUAUCGCUACAGAAUACAUGUUACAAUACAAAUGCGUACACACACACACACAGGAACAAAAGGUUAAACCAUACAAGACCAACUUCAAGUUAAAGAACUGCAUUAUUAUAGCACAUUUCUAAAACAUAUUUCACUACCACAGUAGUACAAGGAUGAAAAUGGCAGCACAGAAAACUAGCACAUUAAUCAUCAAUGCUGCUCUUUUUUAUGAUAAUAACAAUGUAUUUUAAAAUAAUGAUGUAUUGAAAAACAAGACAAAUUAAGUGUAAAAACCUGUGACUUGUAGUUGUGAAAGUAUUCGCACCACUGUCAACUACAGCAGACUCCAAAUGCGAUUUUGUCAUCCUUUAAUAGAUAGAAAAUGGAUAAAUUAAACUAGAAAUGACUAAGUCCUACAUUUGUGAGUGUUAAACAAAUGUAUUCCUGCUUCAGACUGUAACUGUAAUGACAGA